CUCGUCGUCGAGCUUGCACCGCCUACGAAACAUUGAGACCAGAUGUAGGCUUUCAUAUCCUCUUCGCUUCCCUUUGCAUCCAUCGUACCAUCCAACGGCUCCACCAUCCACUCGACAUGUCUAGCUCGACUCUCAGAAGACCAAGGGUCAACGCCGGUGCUGGUGGCCCCUCAACCGCUCGCAUCGCAACGGCUGCUGCAGGUCGAAGCUCACCAACACGCCCGCCAAUUGCCACUGAGCAGUCCAACUCUUCGACGACCACCAACGAAAGCGAGAGCAGUAUGAGUGGCCGUGGCGAGACCACAUAUGAGACAGACCCCACCUCCCUGUCUGAGGGCAUGAGCGGCGAAAGCAGCAAAGACACUGGCAAUCUUGUUCAUUCUCCUAGCCUGUCAGCCCCUACCUCACCCACUGGAUUUGACGGCACGAUAGGCCAAGACUCCCUCUGCCAAUUGGUCUACACAUCAUCCGCUCGUGAUCGCUAUCUCACGCGCGAGCAACUGCAAACCCUUCUUAACCACUCGCGCCACCGCAAUGCCUCCAAGGGCAUCACGGGCUUACUCCUCUAUCGUGACGGCACAUUUGCCCAAUUCCUCGAAGGUCCCACCCACCACGUCGAAGCCCUCUUUGAGACCAUCAGGCAAGACGAACGACACAGAGGUGUCAUCGUAGUGCUCAAGCGCCAGGGACUGCAGAAGCGCGAUUUCGAUGGAUGGAGGAUGGCGUACCGUGAUCUGGAUCAGGAAAGGCUUGCUUGAUCGAUUUGACAAAGACGCAGGAGAAGGACUUGACGCAUCACCAGAUGUCAUCUUCCAUACGCACGCUCAUCAAGGUCUUCCACGGGUCGCUCGCGAGAGCCAAUUGAGAUUGUACGACGCCUCGUCACCACCACCCACACGCCGUCGCUUUUCGAUUCAUUCAUACACGAUACCCAUUUGGAUCUUCACUCACACAUUCACAUCCACCACGGCUGCGCUUGCGCGUCGCUCCCACGCUGUCAUGUCUGAUAUUGGGCAUUCUCGCUCUCGCC